CGCCAGGAUGAAGUGAGGAGCGCGCGCGCUCGGGGAUUACGCGCGAAUAAAAUCAAACCAGAGGGACAUUAUAAGGAUUUAACUCGAUCGUGUAAAGUAGAAAAAACUGAACAGAAUAGACGGAAGUGUCAUUCAAUGAAUAACAUCAUCAUGAAACGAGCAAACGGAGGCGACAGACCACAAACUGACGGAUAAACACAAACAGAUGAUUUACAUUCAUGUGCUGUGUUGUCUGUUUGGAUGAUGGAGACCCUGAACCUCUCUGUGUAAAUGGAAAUCAUUGUUGUGUCUCAUCACAAACUCUGAAUAUCACACACAUAGAAUGGGAACCAACAGAGCCUGCAGGUAUAGUAUUGUGUCUGCAGAUGAGGAGAGACUGAAGAUCUCUGCCCUCGGCCUUCAGAACGGCCACAGCUCCGACCGGCUUCAUUCCCCCAUUACUAGCGUGAGAUCAGGAGCGGAGGGGACGAGUGCAGGAAUGAGAGCUAGCUACAACGGAAAGAUUUUCACCGCCAGCAGGAGCCGAAUACGGAGCCGCUUUGUCAAGAAAAACGGCCAAUGCAAUGUCAUCUUUUCCAAUAUGGAUGACAAACCACGCCGUUACCUCGCUGAUAUCUUUACUACAUGUGUAGAUAUUCGCUGGAGGUAUCUGCUGUUGAUCUUCUGCUCCACCUUUCUAGUGUCCUGGCUCAUCUUCGGCCUGAUCUUCUACAGCGUGUCUUUGGCUCACGGAGACUUUGAAUCGAAAGUCGCCUCUGCAGACACAGGGCGACUGAUGGAGCGGAAGCCGUGUCUGCUGGAUGUCGAGGGUUUUAUUGGCGCUUUUCUGUUCUCUGUCGAGACUCAGACCACCAUCGGUUACGGACGGCGCUGCGUCACAGAGGAAUGUCCGGUAGCGAUCGUGACGGUGGUGGUGCAGUCCGUCGUCGGCUGCAUCGUCGACUCUUUUAUGAUCGGCACAAUCAUGGCAAAGAUGGCACGGCCAAAGAAAAGAAACCAGACUCUGCUUUUCUCCCAGAAUGCCGUGAUAGCGCUGAGGGACGGUAAGUUGCGUCUGAUGUGGCGUGUCGGGAAUCUGCGGAAGAGUCACAUCGUCGAGGCUCACGUUCGCGCUCAGCUCAUUCGUCCGUACGUCACGGCAGAGGGCGAGUUUAUCCCCCUUGAGCAGACCGAUCUGAACGUGGGCUAUGAUGAUGGCACCGAUAGACUUCUCCUUGUAUCUCCUCUGGUGAUCGUGCACGAGAUCAAUGAGGACUCGCCGCUCUGGGGAAUGAGCAGAGCAGAUCUGGAGUCGGACGACUUUGAGAUCGUGGUGAUUCUGGAGGGAAUGGUGGAGGCGACGGCCAUGACCACGCAAGCUCGGAGCUCGUAUCUGUCUCGGGAGAUCCUCUGGGGUCACCGCUUUGAGCCCGUUAUCUUUGAGGACCUCGAUCGCUAUCAGGUCGAUUACGCCCGCUUUCACAAAACCUAUGAAGUACCGUCGACGCCCACCUGUAGUGCUAAAGAGCUGAAGGAGCUCAGUGGGCAUCGGUCGACAGACUCAUCUCGCUCCUUGACGCCAGUCAAGCGCUGGACUCGAACCCUGACACCUUCACAUUCACCCAGUGCUUUCUGCUAUGAGAAUGAGGUGGCGCUGUGCUGUGGAGAGGAUGAGGGGUUUAGAGAAGGAGGUGAUGUAGAUCUCAUUCACACAGACUUCCAAAAGAUGUUGCAGCCCACCGGGACCUCUGGCAGUAAUGCGCUGUGUGUAUUAGAUAUGGACAACCAAAUAGAGUUUGACAUUUUAAAGAGUGCUAUACCACUCGAUCCACUGACCUAUAAGAGCGAGUCUGAGAUAAGAUGAGAUCAAGACGUACUGACCCCACUUUAUUUAUAAAAGAAUUUAGUUGUAUUGAAAGACUCUGAAGAUGCUUUUUGAGAUUAUGAAACCAAACAAUCCUUUAGUUCUCUACUCUGCACUGGCUACUGAUUGAAGUGUGUGUCAGGUAUAAAUCACUACAACUCACCUACAGGACCUUCACUGGCAGCGCACCAUCAUACUUUCACAGCCUCCAACAUUUCAUCCAGAACCUGACGUUCAGCAUGAGUGACACCUUGUGUUCCUGCUCAUCUGCUGGUGAAAUGAUAUAAUGAUAUAAUGAAUAAUCCAGUUACCAAAGAGACAGCAAAUUAGACAAAAGGCUGAUUCAAGAAACCUUAAUCCGGCACAAUGUGAAACAUGAACAUGAAGAAAUGGCAAUGAACUUUGACAACAAACACUCAGUACGCAGAUAAAACUGACUUAUAUAUACACACAAUAGACAGGAAGUAACUGUAGAAGGAGAAACUCCAGAUUGGGAGAUGGUGACAUCUGGUGGCAAAGAUGAAUGUUUGCACUCUCAUUCAUUACAGAAUGAAUCUCUAUAUUCUCUUACAUAGACAAUAACAACAUUUAAAUAAUAAAAAACGCACAAACUUAUCCCGCUUCAGUCUGAGACUCUGGAUUUGUUUUCCUCUUUGUUUUGUUUUAUUGUGUUGUCAUCAUUUUCACCAUUAAAGAGUUUGACUGAUGGUGAAAGACUGAAGUGAUUUCUCUGUUGUUUGGGAUUCAGUUUGAGAGAGAUAUGAUGUGAAUAUUGUGAUGUGUGAAGACUCUUUUGUACUGUGAGAUUGUGUUGUUUUUUGUGUAUGAGUUAUUCAUUGAGAUGAAUGUAGUCACGUAAUGAACCGCUGCUGCUGCUGCUAAUGGACUUUAAUCUAUAAACUAGAAAUGAAGAGAAAUCUUUUCUGCUGAUCUGUGUAGAUUAUUGUAUGUAUUGUGGAUUUGUUAUGAACUUUUCUUUAUCAUGUUUUAAGAGGUUUUUAUGGCUCUCAUGUGAAACUCUCUUGUCUUCCUGAUGACUGAAAUGCACUUUUUUUGCUGUAUCUUCUGAUUCAGUGAAAUAAAUCUUUAUUAUAGAUGUGUUAUGAUUUCUACGCUCAUGUAAUGAGUAGAAUAAAUGAAGUAGAUCAGCUCACAUCAUUCAAACAAUCAUUGAUUUAAAUUAAUCAUAUUUAACACACAUACAUCUCUACACAUGAACACUUAAAGGCGGGGUGCACAAUGUUUGAAAAACACUUUGGAAAAGGGAGUCGGCCCGACUACCAAAACACACUUGUAGCCAAUCAGCAUUAAGGGGCGUGUCUACUAACCUACAUCCUUGCUGGGGUUGUAUAUGUGUGGGGCGGGUCUUUUAAAAGAAAGUCCAGAGUCUAUUGGGGUAGGGGUGUGUAUGUUUACAUGAUUUCAAAUAUCAACAUUGGCUUUCAAACAUUGUGCACUCCGCCUAUAAAGUUUCUUUCUCAUCUACAGUUCUCAUACAAUUACACUGAAAGUGAAUGAAGUGCAAACGUGACAACUUGCCCCAUAGAUGUUUUUCAUUGUAACAGACAGAGAGUUAACACUUGAUAGAAAAUUAUAUUUACUCUUAUAUUAUUCUGUCUAUGUAAUAGAGGCCACACAAAAUUCAAAAGUCUUAAAUAAUACCCCUA